CACCGUGCCCCCUACACCCCACGUGGCGCCCGGCCUGGGCUGAAGGGGCGGGGAGGCAAAUCCAGAGAUGACUCCCCCUCCCCCAGGGCUGAGUUGUGGCGGUCACUGGGAGGGGUCGGGGGUGGCUAAGCAGAGAGGGCUGCGGGAGGAGUGACGUCAGGGUGAGUGGGAGCGAAGGAAGGAGCGGAGUUGGGGGGAGAGAGAGAGAGAGCCGGAGGGUCGGUCGAGUGAAGAGCGAGGGCAGGAGAGAGGAGGGAGGAAGGAGAGAGAACCGCCACGGAGGAAGACAGGCUUGGGGUCCUGGGGCUGCGGGUUCAGGUGGGGUAGGGAUUGCUGCCUGCGGAAGCCAAAAGAAAAGGGAGGAGAGACAGCUAGCAAAAGGAGGGAGGAGAAGAGGAGAGUGGGAGGUCGAGGAGGUGAACAGAGGAGAGGCAGAGGGAGAGGAGACAGAGACGCCGCGGGGAGGAGAAGGGGAGAGAGGAAGAGAAGACACUAGAGGAAGGCAGGGAGAGCCGGCCUGGAGAGGGAGAGUGACGGAGGCAGGGGAGACAGGUGCCCAGAGAAAGAAGAGGUAGAGAAAGGAGAGAGCUGGAAGGAAAGGACAGUUCGAGGUACCCAAAGAAGCGGGGGAGAAUACAAAGUGGAGAGACCUCAGGAGAAAAGGAACCAAGAGUGGAAAUGUGGAAGGGAGAAAGCCCAGGGGGCAAUCAGGAGCUACCCAUAGAGGGGCUAGGUGGAGAGCUGGGAGGACAAGGGAACUGGGGUCCAGAAGAUGCCCCAGGACUAUUGGCCAGGGCCUCCCUGCCUAUCGUGCUCCCAUGGCCACUGCCCCUGGCCUCCUCAGCAAUGACCUUGCUCCUUGGGGCUCUCACUUCUCUGUUUCUCUGGUACUGUUACCGCCUCGGUUCCCAAGACAUGCAGGUCCUGGGGACAGGGAGCCAGGCUGGAGGCAUCAAUGGUAGGCCUGGGAGAUGCCCUGAGGCCCAUAGGCCAGGUCUGGGGCGAGUAGAGGAGCCUGGAGAAGGAUCCAGGACAGAGGGCCUAGUGAGUCGUCGGCUUCGAGCCUAUGCCAGGCGCUACUCCUGGGCUGGGAUGGGCAGGGUGAGGAGGGCAGCUCAAGGUGGCCCAGGCCCUGGGGGAGGGCCAGGGCCCCUGGGCAUUCAGCGCCCAGGUCUGCUUUUCCUACCAGACCUGCCUUCGGUCCCCUUUGUGCCACGGGAUGCCCAGCGGCAUGAUGUGGAGCUCCUAGAAAGCAGUUUCCCUGCCAUUUUGCGGGACUUUGGGGCUGUGAGCUGGGACUUCUCAGGGACAACCCCUCUGCCUCGGGGCUGGUCCCCACCCCUGGCUCCUGGGUGCUACCAGCUCCUGCUGUACCAAGCGGGCCGGUGCCAACCCAACAACUGCCGCCGGUGCCCAGGAGCCUACCGGGCACUGAGGGGGCUGCGGAGCUUCAUGAGUGCCAACACCUUCGGCAACGCUGGCUUUUCUGUCCUCCUGCCUGGGGCCCGGCUAGAGAGCCGCUGUGGGCCCACCAAUGCUCGAGUGAGAUGCCAUCUGGGCCUGAAGAUCCCGCCUGGCUGUGAGCUGGUUGUUGGGGGUGAGCCUCAGUGCUGGGCCGAGGGCCACUGCCUCCUAGUGGACGACUCCUUCCUGCACACAGUGGCUCACAAUGGCUCCCCAGAUGAUGGGCCUCGAGUGGUCUUCAUUGUGGACCUUUGGCAUCCCAACGUGGCUGGGGCUGAGCGCCAGGCCCUCGACUUUGUCUUCGCACCAGACCCUUGAAGGAAGGUGUUUCCUGCAGACACCUGGGCCAGAGAGAGAUGCUGUACCGGGGGACCUACUUCCCAUGGCAGGGGGAAGAGGGCUGAGGGUGGGAACUGGCCAGGGUGCACUGAAAUAUAAACUCUGAAUUCUCUCCUAA